AUGGUGACCUCCGCCGGCGCGUACUGGAAGAAGUCCGCGGAGGCGGAAGGGAGCAUGGAGUGCACGGUGCUGCAGCUCUCGCAGGCGACAGCUCCUGAGAAGGGGCGCCGGGCCAGACGAGCUGGUUCGCCAGCGAGGUUCUGCGGGGUUCUUCUCCAUGCUUUCACCACGGCGGGGAGCGUGGUGGCGCAGGGGUGCCACGCCGCCGUGGCCGCCGUCUGGGCGCACCGCGACCAUCCGGACCGCUUCCUAUGCCUGCGAUGUCGCCAGAUGGUAACAUUGGAGGUGAAAGGGGAGAUACAGCUGAAGAACUUGGCUGAGAAACUAGAAGCAGCUGGUGUCGGGCACAAGCUGUGGAUAGAGCAGCCCGAGAACAUCCCGACUUGCAUAGCCACAGCACCCUGCCCAAAGUCACAGGUUGCUUCGUUCUUCAGGAAGCUAAAACUUUGCAAAUGAUUUUAGAAUAGUACCUAUCCAGGAUGCUGGUCUUGUUGUCGUGGUAUGAGAUUAGUAGCUUUGGUGCAUUGAAGUCACACAUUUUGGUCCCAUGUUAUUGGUGAUACCUGUUUCA